AUGACUAAUAUUUCUUCCCCUUCGAUCUCUGACGUAUCUAUGGCAUACCCCUCGAGCUGGAAUGAACAUUCAGAUGAUGGAAAAUCCGCAAGUGGGAACAAAGAUGUUGCUCAACAUCAGAGUGAAUUAAUCACUUUAAAGGACAUCCUAAUACGACAGCAAGAUGACGCACGGAAAGCAUAUCUUGAGGAUUUAGGGUAUGGGUGGAGAAACGAGUCUAUUAAAGAACCAAAGAUGCAGUGUAUAUGUCUUUGGGAGAGAUUACAAGCGGCCCAAAGAGAACUUUUCCAGCAUAAGGUGUACGAUAUGGAAAGGCCAGUUGAAUUGGAAGAUAACAUCUACCGGCUACAACGACAAAUUGUGACAAAUGAAAACUCUGGAAAGACACAACAGCAAAAAGAGAUCUAUGUAUCAAGACAUGCGGGAAUUUUAGUCGAUGGAGCACGUGCCAGACAUAAAAAGAGGAAACAUUCAGGGUCUAUAGACGAUACAGUUAUGCCCGACCGCAAAAGAGUACGCUACAAAUAG